AUGACAAUGUCAUACCCGCCGAUCUCCAUACUCAACACUCAGAGCAGUACGUGCUAUGGUCCAGAUCCUUUGAGAACUAAAGACUGCACCGAAGCAAGUUUGAACCAUGGUCAUUUCCUCUACAAGACCUCUAUUGCAUUCACUAGCAACACCACUGGCAAGGAAACCAACAUCUUGGUGAACGCGGCAGGAUACGGAGCUAGAACUGCCAAGCUGCAGGAUGACUUUGUGUAUAUGCUCUCCGGGCGCUUCAUCUUGCGCAAGGAGGAGCCUAGCCCCACUGUCCACUUCAAACAGGACAUUCACCUCAACAUUGGCCCUUCAACCAACUACACAACUGAUCUAGCUAACAAAGUUGGUGUCGAGGGGCUUGGGGUGGUCAUUCAGCGCAAUACUGUUCAAGGCACCGGGUCUAACAGACAGAAGCAAACUGACCUGCAUGUUAUUCACAAAGACAAGGCGGAGUUUGAAGUCAAGUACGUUGUGCCUGGAAAUUGUCUUCAGGUUAAGACCCAUGGUCUUUACCAGCUUGGCCGCAAGCUAUUAAUCUCUGGGUACAUCCAGGGCUACUGUAACUUCCUUAAAUUUGCUGGCAACUGCUCCGGUGCGAUUGCGCAAUCGCUUCAAUGGUUCAAUCUUCCUCUCGCCGCCUCUCUGGUCAAUCUACCCGAGCUUCCACUCCAGUCAAUGCACGCCGAUCUGUCCGACAAGAGGAACAGAGAAACAGCGAGUCCAUCCCUUCGUGCCAGCCCACCCCUAGUCAGAAAUUUCGGCCCCGCAAGCGAGUCUCUAGCACCUCGUCUAUUGCUCGCAAGCAAGGAUCCACGUCAGCUUUGA